AUGGGGGAGUGGGCGUUCCUGGGCUCGCUGCUGGACGCCGUGCAGCUGCAGUCGCCGCUCGUGGGCCGCCUGUGGCUGGUGGUCAUGCUGAUCUUCCGCAUCCUGGUGCUGGCCACGGUGGGCGGUGCCGUGUUCGAGGACGAGCAGGAGGAGUUCGUGUGCAACACGCUGCAGCCCGGCUGCCGCCAGACCUGCUACGACCGCGCCUUCCCGGUCUCCCACUACCGCUUCUGGCUCUUCCACAUCCUGCUGCUCUCGGCGCCCCCCGUGCUCUUCGUCAUCUACUCGGUGCACCGCGCCGGCAAGCAGGCGGGCGGCGCGGACGAUGGGCCCGGGCCGCCCCCGCGCCGCCGCUGCUACCUGCUGAGCGUGGCGCUGCGCCUGCUGGCCGAGCUCGCCUUCCUGGCGGGCCAGGCGCUGCUCUACGGCUUCCGCGUGGCCCCGCACUUCGCGUGCGCGGGCCCGCCGUGCCCGCACACCGUGGACUGCUUCGUGAGCCGGCCCACCGAGAAGACCGUCUUCGUGCUCUUCUACUUCGCCGUGGGGCUGCUCUCGGCGCUGCUCAGCGUGGCCGAGCUGGGCCACCUGCUCUGGAAGGGCCGCCCGCGCGCCGGGCGCCGUCGCCAGGCGGCAGAGCGCGACGGCCGCCGCCACCGCGCGCGCCCCGACACCGCGCGCGCCCCCGCCUACCCGCACCCGGCGCCGGCCAGCGACAGCGAGGGCGGCAGCGGCCACAGCAAGGCGUCCCUGGCCACGGUCCGCCAGGACCUGGCCAUCUAGAGGCGGGCCGCGGGUGCUUCCCGGAGAACUGUCCCCGGGACCCUGCCCUGCAGCGUCCGCAGCACUUCCCGAGUGCGCUCGGUUGCGUGGGGGCCCCGUAGAUUGAACUGUGGCAGGUCCUUGUUGCCCUGAUCCAGGUGGCAGGGGGGAGGCCUGGGGCUGAGAGAACGUGCACAGGAGGAGGGCACCGCAGAGCCGGAAGGGGAGGUGCAGGUGGUGCCCAGAAAAAGUAUUUGUGAUACCAGCCUCCCGAGGGCCUCUCCUUGUUGGGGCUGAGGCCUGGCCUCUGUGUGAGCUCCCUGUUUGUGGCCACACACCGCACAUAUGUGUGGUAUGAGCUGCGUGUGCACAUGCACAUGUAAAACCUGUGUGAGCUCUUUGCGUGCGUGCACGUGAGCCGUGUGUGUACGUGUGUGUGUACAUCCUAUGUGGGCUCUCUGUGUGUGCGUGUGUAUUCCCUGUAGGUCUGCGUCUGUGCAGGCAUCUGCAUGCCCUGUGUGAGCCGCGUGUGCAUGUGUGUAUGAGAGACAGAGAGAGAUCUCUGAUAUGUACCGGGUGGGUGGUCAGGACUCAGUGCCGGCAGCAGCCACACUGGCUCCCUCCCUACCUGCAGGGGCGUUGCAGGAAGGUCCCCCUCUUGACCGAGCCCACAGGGAGAGGAGGCAGGCGCCCCUUCACGCUGGGCAGGCCUCAGUGCGGUAGGGCUUGUGGAUACCACCCACACUCAGCCUUGUGGCCUGGGCAGUGGCCAAACCCUCCCUUUGGUGGAGGUAGAGUAGGGGUUGGCCGUAGGGUCAGAGGGCAGGACUCUUUUCUAGAUUCACCCCCCCCCCCCGCGGGGGUGCCCCCCCCCCCCCCCCAGUCCAUAAACUCGGCUAAGUCCCUGCCGACCUCAAAAGAAAGCUGCCCUGAAACGUGCCCUGGCCCUGCAUUUCCUUGUAGCCACCACCCUCUUCUCUCCUCUGAGAGUAUAAAGAGCCACCUACAUGGCCACCUCUGGUCCUGCUCCUGUCUCUUCUCUGUCCCCAUCUGUCUUCCUCCCUCUCCACCCCAGUGGGGCUGCUCUCUGUAAGAUCACCCAGGCCCUAAGUGACAUCCAGGGGCCACCAUGUGACUGCACCCUGGACUUCGUUCAACCCCCCUGAGCAGGCUGCUGCGACCCGCUCUGCCUGAUUUCCUCCUGCGUCCUUGGCCCUUCCCUCUUUGUCCUCCUUUCCUUGCGCUCUUCUUCCUGGAAACCCCUGCCUGCACUGCACACAGCAGCCAGAGGGGUCUUUCUAAAUAGUCCUCCUACUUAGGCCCCCAGGGGCUCCCUGUCAUCAGGGUAAGUCAAGCACCUGAAUGAGCCUUCUGAAGUCUUGCCCUCUCCUGGCCCUGCUUCACCCCUGCUGCACGGGCUUCCUAACCAUACUGACUUUUCUCUUCCUACACAGUGACCAAUUUCCUUCCAGAUGUUUGAACGUGCUGUUUCUUUGCCUGGAGCAGCCUCUUUCUGCAGCACCCCCCUCCCCACCCUAGCUAAUACCUACCUGCCUUUCAGUCUCAUUUGGAAAUAAAUAGAUCCUUUUCCUAAUGGCCCCCACCCCCAAGUCAGAGCUAGAUGACCACGGCACCCUUGCUUCUCCAGACAGAGCACUUCUGCUGAUUGGCAUUACUUGCUCCUCCACCAAUGGACCCAGAGUCGUGCUUAGUAAAAUAUGUUGAUAAGGAACCCAAGGCUUCCCAGAGGCCCAAGCACUUAUCCUUGCUCACGGUGUGCAAUAGUGUCUCUCUGAUGUUGAUCAGUCAGGUGUGCAAAGCCUGGAUCUCCAACAAACUCAAAUGUGGAUACACAGCUGUUCUCCGGAUGUAUUCGUUCAAGAAAUAUUUGUUGAGCACAUACUAUAUGCCAGACUACGUUCGAGAUCAGCACCGUUCAAUAGAAAUAGGAUGUGAGCCACAUGUGUAAUUUCAGAUAUUCCAUUAGCCACAUUAAAAAGUAAAAGGAAACACAUGAAAUUAAU